AUGAAUUUGUUAAAAAGCUUACCGGAAGUAUCGCUGAGUGAGGAAGCAAGUACAAAAUAAAGGACGUUAGGAACGUACCAGUUUCGAGAUUGCAAAUAAAGUGUAGAAGCUACUUUUCCAUUACGAGCAGCACUCUGUUAUGCCAGGUACGUAAUUAUCGUUCGCCUUCCGCAACGGAAAACGCAGUCGCCCCGCAACGUGCGGUCACUUUAUUAUACCAAAAUGGCACGUGUCGCCAUUCUCUCUUGUUAACCUUUCUCAUUGAUAAAUAUAUUAAUAUGAGGAUUUCAUAGAACACCGUCUUUCGCGACAAUACCAAAAACAUCCAUCCCCUCCUAUCCUUGCAGUGCAUUUAUUUGAUUUUGUUCCAAAAGAUGAAAUAAAAACGAGCAGAUAUGUACCGUCCUAUCAACAAAUCAAUUAUCAGACGUUAAAACGUCAUCUUUAGUCACACACUAAAUCCAACAAAAUUUAAUUAGUCAUCCAUCUUCUCGUCGAGUCAUUGCCCUCUGCUCGUGUCCCGCUUUGCGAAUAAUUAACAGUUUGCGAAUUCGUGCGGUUCUCGGAUUGCGGAUUACUAGCAGCAGUCUUUACCGUGUGCUGCGUCGCCAUAAUAACUGAGCGACGUACAGCGACGCUAGCGGAUAUAAUUAGAAUGACGGUGUAUGAAAUUAUAAAAUUGUACAACAUUCAAUUUCACGGUUGCGAGAAAAAUUAUUAUUUCCCUACACGAAACCUACUUUCUAGCUAUCCUGUAUCUUGACACUUUCCAAUUCGUAUUAUAAAAGUCCAGCAAGAAUGCAAGGGAAAAUCCUGAAGCGCACGUGACCGCGUGCCAUACAGACAUAGGUUUGUAGGUUAAGGGCGGAAAAAGACGGUGGGGUUUGAAUUUUUAAAUGUCAUCGAUGUGGCCAGGAACAAAUUGCAUUGCCGCCCACGUGUCGCGGGUGCAGAAUUAAAAGGCAAACCAUUACCAGUUUCCUUCCGGUAUCUAUUGAAUAUCGAUUUGACGAUGACUAUGCGCAGGUCAGGCCCCGUUUAUCCCACCUGAGUACAUAUCUACCUAAUUGUACUUGUUGCACUGGAUACUUCACAUCCUGGACGGUGGCCAAGAUCAUUUCAAAGGUUAUACGAUUUUAAUUAAGUUUUCAUUUGAAAAUCUGUCCACUUGUUUCCGAAUGAUUCACUGUGGCCCGGAUACCAGUUACGUACUUCCGUUUUUUUAUAUAUUUAAAAAAGACAUAGGAAACCGUAGUGUGCACUCAGGAACAUAUUUCAGGCAUCGUCCAAUAAAUUAGGUAAAGCAAGUGACUUACUAAUUUGUCUUGCUAAACCUAAGGGUUAUCCAGUUCAAGAUAGGUACAGGUGCGUACACAACGGAUACGUGUUUAUUCAAAUGUGUACAUAUACCUACAAUGUCAGAUAAGCCUCGAGACGUAUUUGCUCGCGUGUCGAUCACCGCCAUUAUCGGUAAUCCUUGUUUGAACGGAAGUUCACUGAUGAUUAGAUCAGGAUGAUGAUAAAGUAAGCAUCUGCACAUAAGUACCAAAUUUCGCUUAAGGAUUCAUCAAGGCACUCUCACUAUGCAAUUAUGAAGACCUGAUGGAUACGAUAUAACCAAAGUCUAAUUAAGAUCAUUGUGAAUUGAUUAACUGAAGUUUACCCAACUCUGCAUUCUGGAUCUGUAAUUGAAUAUUAAUUCAGUUAAAAUUUAUCUCACAUACUUCGAGGGGCUUCGUGGAUGCUGUGCACAGUACUUGAUUCUACGAGACUGGAUUGGUGGCGAAGUUAAGGGCUAUGGGGCGCCACCGUAUAAUAUUGAUCGCGAGGGUUGUCAAGAUGGCCGCGGGGGUGGCACACGUGUUGGGCUUGAUCCUCCUCGUCGGCCACCUUCACCAUGGAUAUGGAACUGUCACGAAAACUUUUGCAUUUCCUGAAUACCCCUAUAAGGAAACCACGAAGAAUGAACUUCUCUUCCGAGAGUUGGAACAAGCUUGCGAGGAGAGCGGUGCUUGUAAAAUGUUGUCACAGCAAAGAAGUGGAGUAGCGAAAACAAGAUGCAUUCGAGAAUGCGUGUCGCCUUCGUGUUACAAGGAAAUAUAUUUGUUCGAUCAGCUUGAAGAGGGGGAGAUUGACGUAAGACUGAACUCAUUUAAGGGCUGUUUUAUGCAACGGAGUGGAAGACCCAGAAAAUAGCGAGAAAAGUGAUUCUCGUAAAUGAAAUAUAUAUAUAUAUAUAUGUAUAUAUAUAUACAUACAUUUAGCACAUAAGAUUUACACAUGGCAGAGUGGGUAAUUUUUUACCUAUUUUAGAUUAGUCGUUAUAGAGGCAUUGAGAUUGUUUAACCUAUCAAAUGUAAAUAUCAUAUUUUACAUAUAUUCUUGUAAAUUUAAUAUUGCACACGACUAUCGUUCACAUGUUUUAAAAUAUAUUCCUCCCUUAGUCUGAUUCUAGUUAAUACAUUAUGUAAAAUUAAUAAUUUCUAUAUACGAGUAACAUAUUAAGACAGUAAACAAUUAAACAUACUCUUUUUUACGCGCGAGAAUUAUUCAUUGGGAGAUAUUAAGGAUGGGUCAAAUAUUUUGAUCUGUAAGAAGAAAAGAAAUUGUAAUUAAAGCUGGAUGAAAAUUUGCACGAAAUAAAGAAUUUUUCAUAUUA